AUGCAAGACCCGCACUGGGCCAUUAAGUUUUCUGGAGCAGGCCGCCGCUUGGUUAAACCCAGCGGCCCCCGGAAGGCUCUUCUUCCACCAGGAACUCGUUCCUCUUCGGGCGGCUGCAGCAUCCUGGCUCGCAUUGCCUGCCAAAGGCAAACACGUCUGCAGUUUGUCAGGUACCUCGUGGCCGGCGUGCUUUGCCAGGGUUUGAAGGAACUCAGCCGAGGAGGGGUGUGUGGUGGGGGAGCGAAAGUCGAAGAAGACUUUAUUGCCUGCAACGAGCUCGUGUGCACGUGUGGACUUAUAGGAGGCGAACAAGCGGGCGGCGGAGGCGGCCGUCACAAGAAGGAGUCCAUCACGUACCGGGAAGUUUUGGAGAGCGGGCUGGCGCGGACUCGGGAGCUGGGCGGCUCCGACGCCACUAGCCUGCAGGAGCUGGCCGAGGGCAGCCCCCACUGCCCGGUCCACCUUUUCAAAGAGCCUGGAGACAGCGAUAAGGACAAGCUCAAGGACUUCAACCACGCCAGCAGGGCCUCGGAAGGGAUCUAUGAAUGCAAAGACAAGCGGGAGGAGGUGAAAUCCGAAGAUGAGGACGGCCAGACUAAACUGAAACAGCGGAGGAGCAGAACGAAUUUCACCCUGGAACAGCUGAACGAGCUAGAGAGGCUGUUCGACGAGACGCACUAUCCGGAUGCCUUCAUGAGGGAAGAGCUGAGCCAAAGGCUUGGGCUGUCUGAAGCUAGGGUGCAG